CACUUGAUUAUACAUUUUUUUUCUUUUGAAGUUCGAACAAAUAUAUAGCAUGAUUAUUAGUUUUCAUUUUUGGUUUUUGGAGUUUCUAAGUUCCAACUAGUAAAACGUUGCAAAUUCGAGACUUUUGAAGAAGUUUAUCGAUAAAGCUCGAUUGAUUCCGGUUUUAAACUGGAAAAUUUUGAUAUGACAACUCAAUUUGGAAGGUGCAAUGUCUGCUCCACCCCUUGUGCCUCUUGCAUGCAUCUCGGCCGAGAACUCUUGCAGAGGGGAGGUAAAUCUAACUGUUCUUCAGAUAAAUCCUGUGAACAUGAUGCCUAUUUUGAGCAGGUUUCUGAAACUUCUGCUGCAUCUUCUCAUGAGAGUGAAGGUGGCACUCUAGAUAGCAGUAAUGAUCGAAGUUCAUUUGUAGAAGGAGCUGGCCCAUGCUUCUCAGCUGAGAAUCAAAGUAUUUACACGGACAAAAUAGAUGAAACAGGGCAGUUUCACUGUAGCUCCGUGGAUCAGACAGGGUCAUCAUCUUCAGUCAUAACGGUCAGGGCUGAAAAGGUGCAACACAAACAAGAUGUAGCUGAUAGCCAAAAAACUGUUAAGCUUAUAUUUGCACAAGAUGGUGCUACUGGAUUCGUGAAUUGCUCAAGUUAUAAUGGAGGCAUAACCUCAAUUGAUCAAUCAAAUGCAGAGAAACCUUCUCAGCCUUCAGAGUUUGUGAGGUGUGAUGGUGAAUCAGCUUCCCUGUAUGACGUAAAGGUCUGUGACAUCUGCGGAGAUGCUGGACAGGAGGAAUUUCUUGCUGUUUGUAGCAAGUGCAAUGUUGGUGCAGAGCAUGUUUACUGCAUGUGCCCAAUGUUGGAGACAGUUCCUUACAGCAAUUGGAUGUGUGAAGAGUGCAUGCUAUCAGAAGAUAAAGAUAAGAUGACCAAAACCAAAUUUGAAACGCUUGUUACAUGUCCAAAGUACGAAUCUUUAAAUCCAUCAAACCAAGGGUGUCAAAUGUCGAAUACUUAUGAUUUCAAGGAACUUCAUGAUACAAAUACUAAAAGAUUGGAUGCUGACAAGAGCAGUGGAGAUGAAGCAAGUUCUCUACUAUCUGCUAAGAGAACUUCAGGCAAUGUAAUUUGUACGUCAAUGACAAAAAGAUUAGCACUUGGACCAGAAAGUCGGCCUUCUUGUAUAUCUGGAGACUCUAGCAAAGCUCGGGCUCCAGGUUUUGAGGUGAAGCCUAGUCAUAAAUUGUCACUGUCAAAUGAUUACUCUUCUCAAACUAAAAGCAUUCAAGGGAAAUCAGGUCGAAAUCUGCCAAAAACCAAACUAUUUCAAACGGCAACUGGUAGUCUGAGUAAGUCAAGAUCAUUUAAUGAUUCAGGGAAGAGGCCAAAAGUACAGCGGUUGGAUGUAAUUCCAGAAAAUAGGAAAUUCUCCAUUAAAACUCAUUACAAGAAAAAAGGUAGUACUAUUCGAACAAUGAGGAAAACUCUGCCACUUAAUGAUGCGAGCUGUGGCAGUUCAAAAGCUGUUGGUCCAAAAAUUAAGAGGAUUCCAGCAAAAUUUUCUGACAAUGGCAGUUUGAAGAGAUUAAGGUGCAUGAAUGAACAUAUUUCAGUUAAAAUGACAUCUAACACCAGAUUUAAGAGGCUGCAAGUCGGCUCUACAAAAGAUGGUACUUUUGUUUCUGCAUCAUCACAUGAUAAGAAGUUUGAAUCUCAUGGUAAAUGUACACCUCCAGACGUUUGUGGAACCAAAUAUCUUAAUAUCAACCCUCUUCAGAUUUCAGAUGACUCAGUCAUUGCAGGCAAGGGAAAGACACUGUGCUUGCCUAUAGUUGAUAUGGUUGAGGAUGUACGAUUUGCCAGUGUGUCUGAUGCUUCUCAGGAACCAAAGCAGAAAGGUGAAACAUCUCAUCGCUUGUUGGAGUCGACAAAUCCUUGUAGUUGGUCUGAUGCAAUUGGAGAAAAAAAACUGACAGUGCUACGGACAUCCUCCAGUGUUACUGAGAAAGCCCCCCAGACAUCUCCUUUCACCUCAGCAAAUAAAUGUUUAUCAAAUGGAAGUGGAAGUGAAGACUAUGGUAGAACUGGAAGUUUGGAUAAUGCUUCAUACUGUCACCUGUUAGACUGUUCUUCACUUUCCAUUCUUGAUGCAACAAGGGUGAAGGAUAUGGAUGGAAGCAGCCAGAUAGAUGCUGGUCCAUCAUAUUGCAAUCAGAUUGAUGCUUAUAGGGCGUUGGCUGUUCCCUUGAUUGAUUACAUAUGGAAAGGUGAAUGCGAAAUUCAGAACUCUUCAAGGUUGCCCAGAAUCUUGUAUAGAAUUCAAGCACACUUGUCUACAAUGUCAUCAUCCAAAAUACCUGAAGCAGUAAAGAACUUUUCCAACAAAAUUCUUUUGGAGGAAGUAUCUCGCUUGACUGCAUGGCCUAUUCAGUUCCAGGAAUAUUAUCCCCAAGAUGAUAGUAUUGGCCUUUACAUUUUUGCAGAAGACAUUGAAAGCUAUAUAAACUACAAGAGCUUGGUGCAAUACAUGGUUGACCGUGAUAUAGCUCUAAAAGGAAAUUUCGACCGGAUUGAGCUUCUUAUAUUCUCAUCCCACCUUCUUCCUGAAAGUUCCCACUAUUGGAAUGGUUUGUUAUAUUUGUGGGGAGUCUUUAAAGAGAGGAAGGUGAAUUGCUCGACAUGACUUGCAUCUAUCGCAGGACAAUGGCUUAAAAUGGACACCAGUUGGUAGAAGUUGUUGGUGUUUGCAGCAUCAAUGUUCUCCUCUGAAGUCUGGUGGAUAUUUAGCUUCAUACCAGGCUCCUAAAAGUGCUCAAUCUGACGGUCAAUCAAUGGAUCACCUGCACACCCGAUGACUAAAAUCUUCCAUCCCAGAGCCUUGAUCAGUUCAAAUAGCUGCGGAUUGAUUCCCAUCAUCGGAUUGCUGAACUCGUGGUCUCUAUCCGCGCCAAUUGGCAAGCUUAGCUCCCACAUGAAAUCAGUUGCACAAAGUGGUAUUACCUUGUCAUUGGCCAUCCUCAAUUCUGAAUCAGUCCUCCUGGUCCCGCCAAA